AGCACCUCGGUCUUCGGCGAUCGGCGGGGAGCGGGUGGGCGAGAGUAUGGAGGAGGAAGGAUUGUUGGUGAAGGAGAAUAAAGAAAGGAGGGAGGAGGUGUUGAGAUGGGAUGAUAUUGUAGAGGAGGUGAAGCGCGUAGGCUACAUGGCAGGGCUGAUGAUUGCAGUUACCGUGUCGCAGUACUUGCUUCAAGUAAUCUCGGUGGUGAUGGUCGGACACCUCGGUGAAAUCUCUCUCUCUAGCGUUGCUAUCGCCACCUCCCUCACCGGCGUCACCGGCUUCAGUCUUCUCGUAAGUCUUUUUACUACUUUAUUAGCUUUCCACCGCCCAGGAGUGAGGAGCAUCGCCUCAACACUUGCGCAUCAACACUUCAAGGGUGUUGCUAGAGGAUGUGGAUGGCAGCACAUUGGAGCCUAUGUCAACCUUGGAGCUUUCUAUCUUGUUGGGAUUCCAAUAGCCUCUGUAUUGGGUUUCUGCACACAUUUAAGAGGAAAGGGCCUCUGGAUUGGAAUAGUGACUGGGUCUACUUCACAAUCAGUUCUUCUAUCUCUCAUUACUAUUUUCACAAACUGGCAAAAGCAGACAGACAAGGCAAGAGGGAGGAUCUUUGAGGAGGGAUUACUGAUAAACUAGUCUGCAACUUCUUGUCAUUUUGGUUUCCAAUUCAAUUGUAAACUUAUAGUACUACUUUUUAACCAUAAUCUUACUACAUUGAGUUAUGGUGAUGAUGUAAGGAUGAGUUGAAAUAAAAUGUUCAGGCAUUUCAGAGUUGAUCUG